GCAAUUUCCUGACCUCAGCGGCUGAAACUGAGAGGUGCCGACUUCAUUUGCUGGCUUCCUCAUACACCCCUCAGAGAUAAAAACAUGUUCUCUGCAGGUUUUUUAAACGGUCUUUAGGCAGUUUAGAUGUUUAGAAUGAGCUGAUCUGUUGAAUAUAUCGUCAUUUUUACCAGUUAAGAUGGAUAUUUGGUCUCUUAAACUGCACCGUGCUACCUGGACUGUGAUCAACCUCCUCUGUGUGUUUUCUCAUGAUGUGACGGUAAGGUACUUUGAUCUGAAGCUGUGUGAAGAGGACAAGCAAGUGUGUGUCACUGACCUCAGAGACUGUGGCCCUCGACCUCCUUCAUCUGUACUGAAGACCCUGAACAUGUCCUGUUACUACCAGAUAUCAGAAAGAUCCAUGACUUGUGAGUGGAGUGAGGAGGCAAAAGGCCACACCGAGUCUGAGGUCUCGCUCAUCUUCAGGAGCAGGGAUAAAGUCUUAUCCUGUCCGGCAGUCUUCAACCCAGUAGCUGUCCUAAGUGUCACAGCGAGGAUAAAAAACUACAUGACGGGCACUGAGAUCUGGUCCCAACCUCAUACUGUGGUUUUUUAUAAUGCAGUCAAACCAUCUCAGCCUGUAUUAACAGUACUUGGCUUCACUGCAGACUCUGUUGAUGUGUUUUGGAUGAGCAGCAGUGACGGCAGUUGUCAACUUCGCUACAGAGUCAACCACACUAACAUAUGGUCCCAGGCUCCAGACUCUAUCCCUGCACAUCGAGGUCAGGUACUGACCCACACAAUCAAAGACCUCCUGCCAUUCACCGACUACAUAGCUGCUGUGGCCUGCAGAGAGUCUAACAUCUGGAGUGACUGGAGCUCUGACGUCAGUGUGAGGACACUGGAGAGGGUCCCCUCCAAGUCUCCAAAGGUGUGUUACAGAGUGGAGAGAACAGACCCUGGUGGAUCUUUACUCCUUCAUCUCAUGUGGAAGGACCUUGAACUCCAUGAUGCGGGAGGUCAUAUCCUUGGAUACCAGGUGAGCUACGAGCCAGCGAAGAAGCAGCAGCUGCAGGACAGAUUGAUUCAAAACGUCACAGAGUUAACAGCGCUGCUGUUGGUGGAGGAAGGGAACUUCUCUAUCACAGUUACAGCCUUCAACAUGGCUGGCUACGGACCUGCCGCACAUCUCAGCAUUGACACACAAAGGCAGAACACUCUCCCUUCAGUCAGAAACAUGUGGGUUUCCAGCUCUUUCCCAGCUAUGAAAAGCCUUCUGGUCCAAUGGGAGAAUCCCACAGCCCCGCACUCUGUCCCGCCUCUCAGUCAUUUUGCUGUUCAGUGGCACUCUGAGACUCAUCCAUCCACCAACUGCUGGACCACCAUGAGCAGCUUCACCACCUCCACUGUCAUACAAGAUGUUGACCCUGGUGAUACUCACCUGAUCAGUGUGUUCCCUGUCUACAACCAGCAGUGUGGAUCUCCUCAGUCACUGCCUGCCAGUCUGCAGCAGGGAGCUCUGAUGGAGGCAGUCAAACUGAAGGUGGUGGACGUGACCAAGACUGCAGUGACGAUUGGGUGGACGUGGCAAAGAAAGUCCGGAUCAAUCAGAGUGAACAGAUACAGAGUAAUGCUGAGGAAAGGCUCAGAGAGAGUGGAAACUCUUCCUUUGUGGCCAGACCAAUGUCACCACACCCUCACCAACCUGACACCCAACACUGAGUAUUCUCUUAUCCUGUUGGCUGAUAAUGUUUCCAGAAACAUCAUCCCUGUGAAAACAGACUUUGAUGUGGUACCAGCAGUUGCUACAGCGACUCCUCUGCUGCUGCUGGCUGUUACUGUGUUCAUCAUCUCCAUCCUGUCUAGGACCAUAUACAAGUCUUACUUCUUCCCACCCAUCUCCAGCCCUUGGGGCAGUACAGCAGGCCAGUGGCUGAUGGAUCCACACCCCAAGAAAACUGCAGAGAGAAACAUCCUGAACAUAGAGGACUUCCAGGUGACAGAUGUACUUGGAGAGAAAAGUCUCAUCAUCGUCGGUCCGAGUUCCCAGUCCUCCUCAGAAGAGGACCUACAUGAAGACACGUCUCUGCUUUCGAUCAGUCACCUCAGCGCCAAACUGUCAGCCCUCGAAUUGGACACAGAGUAUGUUUGUGAUGCUCCAGUAAUCACAGAGAACCAACUGGUUUCUCUCCAGUCCUAUCAUCCUGACUACACUGUGAACUGCCAGCAUCCGGACAGAGUUUUCUUCUCUGAGCAGAGCAGAGAGGCAGACUCUGCUCUGCCGCAUCAGACACAUGAAGCCAACAGCUGUUUUCCUCAAAAACAGGAAGAGAGCAGACUGGUUGACUCUUCUGUGACAUUGCAUCAGAAAGAAACUGCUGUAAAAGCAUGUUUUUUUUACUUCAUGGCUAACACAAAUAGUCGAUGUGUUUAUCAGAUGACCUGUGAGGAAGAGUACGUGGUGAACUCUUCCUUCCUGGGGAAAACUGAUGUUGAAACCGAGAGUGGACAGAGCAACUGCUCUCACCUGAUCUGUGAGAAUGAUUAUAUAGCAAGCAGUUGCUUUAAUGAAAAAACUGCAGACGAAGACAGAACUGCAUGAUCAGUGGCACAGAUGGAGAAAAAAAGAGCAAAAGGCUGCAGACAAGCUGCUGACUCCUUGUGGUUGUCACGUUCAUUACACAGAAGAUAACUAAAUUGCUGGACGGAUAAAAAAAGUAAUUUUUUACUGUAUCCUACCUGUAUCCCCACUAGGGGGGCAAGGCCAGAUGGGAAAAGCAAAUAAAUGGGCGAGGUAGAAUCCUACAAAGCGGCUAACUAGAAUAUUACAUCUAAAUGUAAAUCAUCCAGAUGUUCAUUUUCUUACCUGGUAUCCUGGUCCAGCCAUGGUUAUGAUUUUCUACUUAGGAUCAAAGAGUACUCACACACUGUCACGCUAAUGUUAGCAUAAUAACCUGCUAAUAUAACAUUGAAUGCUAGCAUAGCAUGGUUACGUGGCCUAUUCUGUCAGGGACUUUUGUUACUGCCUUCAUUCUCUUGCCCCACAUUUAUUGUAUACAGUAUUUCAGCUGAUGACUAUCAAAAAUAAGAAAUGCAAACACAAAUUCUUAAAGGAACAGUGUGUAGGAUUUACUAGCAUCUAGCAGUGUAAUUGCAGAUUGCAACUCCCUCGCUCCACCCUUCUGUUCUAAACGCAAAGGAGAAAGUGCCAGUGCCAUAGAGCCAAUGUUUGGUUUGUCCCUUCUGGGAUACAGUAGAAACAUAGCGGUUAAACAAGGUGGUCUCCAUAGAAGGCGACCAAUGGCAUCUGUAGAUAAAAACGGCUCAUUCUAAGGUAACGAAAACACAACAAAUCUUAUUUUCAGGUGAGUAUACAUUAAUGAAAACAUGGUUAUGCAUUUUAUAUUAUAUAUUUCUACCAAUAGAUCCACCUAAUGUUACACACUGGACCUUUAAAAAACAACAAUAACAUGCACACAGUUAGCAUGUCAAUGAUGGACAGAUGCAUGGAUGGACAUUUACAACAGUAACAUGUUAGACAAAAUUGCCACAGACAAAGACAAUUAGUUAAAUUUAACAAUUUAAUAUUUCCAGUUCAUUUCACUUCAUAGAACGUUUAUACAUCAAUUAUCAGUAUCAGUGAUCCGCCAUUUUACUGUUUUCAUCUUAGCAGUAGUCAAAUUGUGAAGGAGAAUUUAUCAGGGCGACAUCAAAUUUUCUUCUGCUUAAAUACUGUAUUAAACUACAUGUAUUAAGAUGAUUAAUGGUUAUUGAUUUUGAGAGUGGAGUUUUAGAUUACUGUGAUAAUGAAUGGUAGAGCUUAAAUUUUAUGUCGAGAUUUGUCUUAAAUUGUGGGCAGGAAUUGUUUAAUAUAGUAUACAUUAUCCCAUAAUAGAUGUUUUUGGCUAACUGUCAAAAAGAAAAAAUCUACAACAAACCUCAAUUUGCUUAAACAUAAUACCAACAGGCAUUAAACUGUACAUAUCCGGGCAUUUAUUAAAAAUAUUUGUUUUGACAUGUCUUCAAAUUGUGCAUCAACAUUAAAAUGUUGGUUUUGUUAUGUUCUAA